AUGAUGCACACCUUGAGUUUAUAUCAGUUAGAAACAAUGUUUUCCAAUAACUCCUGGGUGUCUGACAACUGCUCAUCAAAAAGAAAUUCUAGAAAUCUAUUAACAAAUAAGCGCAUUUAUCUUAGGAAAUGUACUCAUCACUGGUAUUGUCAAAUACCUCACCGUUCUUGUGUGCGUCUGCCUUUGUGUACAUUACUUCUUUACUAA